ACUGUCAUUGUGCUCGACAACACAGAAGACGUGCAGGGAAAGGAGUUCGAUGACUUCGCUGAAUGGCUUGUGAAGUCCGCGCCUAAAGUUCAGUUGAUAAUCACCACUCGCCAAGAUGUAGGCUUUCUUUCAGCUGAUAUACAUAAAAUUCAACUUGGGCCUUUAGACUCCAACUUGUCUGCUGAACUACUUCGGAGAUUAGAUGUCAACUGUAUUGAAGAGCAAGUAGAAGACCUCGGAGAGCUUUGCGGUGGGAUACCGCUGUUUCUCGUCAACUGUGCCGCCCUGCUCAAUAAUGGCUUCAAUCCUGAGGUCUUAGUUCAAGAACUUAGAAACAACCCCAUAAAACUCCUGAAAUCCAAUGCAAAAGAGAUUUAUGAUGCACUUGGUAGAUUUGUCAAUAAGAUUUCAAAAGACUUAAUAGCAUGUCUCGUCGUUCUUUCUGUUUUCCCAUCGACUUUUUCUCCCAAGGACAUUGAGUUUCUUUUUGAAGAUCAGCUGCAGUUAGAGACCGUGAUGACGAAGAUGUUGAAGAGCACCCUCCUUCAAAAGAUGAAUGAUCAAAAACUCGGUCUUCAUCCUUUGCUCAUGGCUUAUUGCAGAACAGAGAGAAAAAACUUGCACAUGGUUGACGUAGGUUGCAAUGCUCAGCGAAAGUUUAACCUGCAUUACCUUGAACUUCUUAAAAGUUUGAGUAAGACAUUUAUCACUAAGAACUCAGCACUGAUUGCCAUCCAGACAUUCAGAGAUCAGAAAGUGAAUAUCAUAGAAGCAUUAAAGAACUGUUUCGAAGACGCAAAUGAUACAGGUCAGAAAGGACUAGCCAUAGAUGUCGUUAACAGCACCGAAGUGCUGAAUUUCUUAGCUAUAGUAUUAUCACCUCCCAAAGAGUGUGCUGAACUGUACCGGAAGUGCUGUGACAUCGCAAAGAAUUCCGGUGAUAAGAGGAGGUACGCGGAGAGUUUGAAUUCUCUUGGGUUCCGUUGUCUUUGUGACGUAGCUCACAGCAAGGCCGAGCCAGAGUGUAGCCGGGUAACGUUAGAACUGUUUCAGGCAGCGCAUGACAUCCGUAAGACAUUACCAGAGGAGGAUCAGAAAUGUCAGACGCAUGCACACACCAUCAGUAAGCUUGGGUUGUGUCAUGUUCUUCAGGGUGAUUUAGAGAAUGGUCGUGAUUUAAUCAAAGAAGGCAUCAAGAUGAGAGAGAUGCUGGGAGUUUCUUUGUAUACCGUCGCUGGCACCUGUGACCUGGGGAACAGCUAUCGACUUUGUGGUGAUCAUCAAACAGCAAUUGAAAUCUGGAAAACAAACACUCUGCCAGUUUACAUGGACGAGCUUGGUGACCACCCUUGGACCGCCACAAUCUUGCAUUUAAUUGCCGACUCGUACAAGUCCCUCGCGACUGAAAGCUCCGAACAAGGAUACGCUGAGCAGGCGGAAAUGUACUCUCGACAAGCUCUCGAGUUGAGAGCGAGGUUGUUGGGAUUUCAUCAGGACACUGCUCGCUCGCAAGUCCUUCUUAGCGAUGUUUUAGUCAUUCAGGGUAAUUUUCAAUCAGCUUUGGACGUGCUUAACAAGGCGCUUAAAAUCCAGCAAGAAUUACUAGGCCCACAACACAAGAACACCACUGAUACAUUAAACAAAGUAACAGAUUUGCUGGCAAAAAUGGGAUGCAAAGACAAGACAAAGGAAACUGCCCUUGAAAGCUUGGAAAAGGCGGUUGCUUUGCAGGACGAGGUGUUGGACACACACGAGGAAUUCAUGCUAACUCACCAAGCUAUGUCCGUUGUCCUCGAAGGCUUGGGAAGAGAGGAGGAAUCCGAGAGGGAAAUGCAUUUGGCGGAGGAGUGUGCUGAAACAUUGGAUUCCCUGGAAGUUCCUUUGAAAAAAUUCGAGACUGCGAUGGUGUCUGAUCCUGUACCCAUCAGCAGCAGACAAGCAGUACCUGCAGAGAUUGUUGCCAGAGGACCCAAGGCUCUUGAAUCCUACAAAAAGGCCCUUUCCGAGGGGAGGACGUCUGUGAAAAGGCUGCCAGUUAUGUUGAUUGGACAACACCACACAGGGAAGACUAGUCUAAAGAAGUCAUUGAAAGGAGAAGCUUUCAAAAAAGAGGAAUGCAGCACGGUUGGAAUAGAAGUGGAUCCUUCAUACUUUAAAGUGUCAACAGAAAUUUGGAAAACAGGCGAUAAGAAUAAAGGAACUGAUUCAGAGUCAGAACCUUCAUUUGAGUGCCGUGCAGCAGCACAGCUGAUUGUUAAAAGCCUCAAGGAAGAAGAAAAUUCCAUGAGUGUUUCGGAGCCAUUGGGUACCAAGGACGGUGAUGUAUGCGGUCCAGAUUCGGAGGAACCAAGCUGGAGUACCCCUAAGUCAUCAGUUGCUUUGAACAAAAGAACAUCUCAACUCCCAACAGAAGCAAAUACAAAUAACUCUGAGCCAUCAUUUCCAGAUCACAGAAUUGCAGCAUCUGAACUUCGUGAGGAAACAGCACAUGACCCUGGAUAUCCCACAACAGAAACAACUAGAGAUGAAGAGGUAGACAUUCCGGUUGAACAUAAAGAGGAAACCAGCAGUCACCUAAUUGUUCGAGAAGUACCAGACGACGUAGCAUUACUGGUUGAAAAGUUGCUUGAAGAAGAUGAAAAUGAAGAAGAUGAAGAAAUUUAUUCAGUUUUUUGGGAUUUUGGUGGACAGUCGGUUUACUACUCAACCCAUCCAAUCUUCCUGUCAGCCAAAGCCAUCUACAUUUUGGUUUGUGACCUAAGUCGAAAUCCAAACGAGGAAGCCGAACCUCCUCAGAGAGAAGGCAUGUUCGAGAAUAUAACGGACAUUUACUGCAUGAAAAAAAACCGGGACUACCUCGAUUUUUGGCUGUCAUCGGUUUAUUCCUUGAUUAGUUCAGAAGACGUCUGUGAAAGGGCUUCUAUGUCUGAGAGUUUACCGACAAGACUACCUCCCGUUUUCUUCGUGUGCACCCACGCUGACGAACCGUAUUGUUCCCGCGAUUCUAGAGAACUAGCCCGUGAAAUAUAUGGCUUUUGGCGAAACAAGGCUUACUGGAAACACCUAUAUAAAAACUUUUUUGUUGUAGAUAACACAAAAUCAGGAAGCGAACAGGAGUGCCCGGAGGUGAUACGCCUGAGAGACGAAGUACGUACUGUUGUUAAGGAACUGCUUCAGAUGAAAGAGGAAAUUCCAUUGAAGUGGCUGCAAUAUGAAAAUGCACUCCAACUUUUGAGGAAAACGCGUCGCAAGUGGAUAACUCUCUCUGAGGCCAAGGAGAUUGCAUCCAAAAAUUGCAAAAUUGAUGAUGAGUUUGAAUUUCAGACACUACUGAAUUUUUUGCAUGAUCAGAGAAUCUUGAUUCACUUUAAUGGCACCCCAGAGCUGGAAAGAAUGGUGAUUUUGGACCCUCAGUGGCUCAUUGAUGUGUUUAAGAAGGUAAUAACCGUUAAACGUAUUGAACAAAUGGACAGAAAAGUUGAAGAACUCUGGCGUAAGCUUGAGAAGACUGGAAUCUUGGAUGAACAUCUCCUUGAGCAUGUGUGGAGCUCCUUGUUUGACGAACGAGAAACCCGCGAGAGCCUGACUGCAAUAAUGGAGAAAUUUAGCUUGAUUUGUUCCUGGCCAUCAAAUUCCGAGUCUACUAACAAGGAGUAUCUUGUGCCAUCCAUGCUUCUUUCACCUCCAACAGAUGACGUCCUUAAGCUGCUUGCUGAUGUACGAAACCCUUCGCUUUAUGUGAAGUUCACAUCGGGUCAAGUACCUCCUGGUCUGUUUUCUCGACUAAUUUUACAGUUUUUUCAGUGGUGCAACGCAGAGUGGAAGAGCAAACAGAUUCCUCAAUUGUUCCAGAAUUUUGCUAUGUUCUCUUUACGUCCUGACGAGGGAAUUGCCGUUAUAUUCCGGUGUCACUCCUCUUUCAUUGAAGUCAUUUUUCGUAUAGGAAACAAUGACUCCGAAGUGGCGGCAAAUGUCCACAGCAGCAGUUUUGAUGUGACCACUAGCCGCAACAUCUAUUGCAAACUGAAAUCGAUGAUGGAGAGCAUGCGCAAAGAAUUUGAUUGGCUAAGAAACAUGACCUAUGAAAUGUGCGUUUGCUGUCUAGUGUGUUCUCGUGCAGGCACAGUCAAGAGUUGCCACACUCAUCGUGUGCCUAGUUGCAGUCAGGAGGAGUGCUUGCACUUUGUGUCAGAGUCUGAGUUGUUCAGUUGUCAACCGGUUUUCAUUUGCAACAGGGAAGGGUUGCACCCGGAUCGCAGGAUUCAAGUCAAGCAGUUUUCUCAUUGGUUUGCAUUUCCAGAUGAACGAGAAACUGAAGGGACUUCACAGAAAUUACCUUCUACCACCUCUCCGGCUACAUCAGCGCAAUGUGAUUCGUGGCAUGGUUCCGAUAAACGUUUGAAAGUCACUAUGCUGUCCAGUGAGUGGGAUUCAUCAAAAGGUAGUCUAUCAACCAUAAUCACAGAGAUUGCCAUUAUCUUGGCGAACAACUCCGAAGUAGAAGUCACUCUCCUAGUCCCACAAUUUUCUUGCAACGAAGAGGAUAAGAGAGCAGCCACAAGUCGGAACAUCACUAUUUUGGAAGUAGAAAAACGUCCUGGCUUUGAAGACCCCCUUGAUUGGCUGAUGUCCCCACCAAGAAACCACAUUAUUGACGUAAUAGUGGGUCAUGGUGUAGAACUUGGAAAACAAGCGCAGUUCAUAACAGAAUCGCACAAAUGUAAGUGGGUGCAAGUAGUGCAUACUGCUCCAGAAGAACUUAGCAUGCAUAAAGCCUAUUCUAAGGCCAUUUCCAAACGCGAAGAGAAAAGUGAAGCUGAAAUUGACCUCUGCAAACUAGCUACCCUUGUUGUGACAGUUGGACCCAGGUUGACAAAGAUUUACUCGUCUUAUCUUCGCUCGUGUGAAAAGGACAUUUUUCAGCUCACUCCAGGCGUUUUCAGUGAGUUAACUGUUGUAAAACAAGCUUCAAGAGAGGUAGACGGGUUUAAAGUGUUAAUUUUUAGUCGUGACGAUCCUGAGGACUUCAAUCUCAAAGGAUACGACAUUGCUGCUAAGGCAAUAGUUGAACUCAAAGAUCAGUCAUAUAGUCUGGUCUUUGUGGGAGCACCUGAUAGAAAACACAAAGAGGUGGCACAAAAGUUACUGAAGAAUGGCAUUUGCGAGAAUCAAAUAAACUAA